GAGGAGAAAGUUGAGGGGCUGGUUAAACUCCAAGAAAUGAGUUGGGGUUUGUGACAAGGCCUUAUUAUUAUAAAUUUUGCGUUUGUGGGGCUAAAAGAUCUUUAAUCUCUUCUCUGAGCACACUCUGCCUCUCUUUGCAGAAGCAUCAACAAGCUCUCAUAGGCCACAGGAUUUGGUUUUUUGGGAUCAGCAGCAGUGGCAGAAGCAGAAGCCUCAACAAGUAACCACAGUUGAUAGUGUCAGGAACUAAGCAAAACCAAAGAGUACUACCAACUACCAUACCAAAGUACCAAUCUCAACAAAAACUACAAGAAACAACCCUUUAGAAGAGUAAAAGAAAAAAAGGAAUCUGAAUCUCACCCUAUAGACACAAGAAUAAAAAAAAGGAGAACAAUUUUUUAGCAUAUAGAGUGGGGGUGUCAAUUGUCAUCACUCAUCACACAAGGUGUGCAAACAGCGAAGGGGACUAAAUUAACUAUGCAGAAGGCACAAUAGAAGAAACUGAGGAAUGGGCAUGAAGAGCACUGGGGGAGAGAUUGUUCAAGUCCAAGGAGGGCACAUUGUUCGGUCCACAGGUAGAAAAGAUAGGCACAGCAAGGUUUACACUGCAAAGGGUCCUCGUGAUCGAAGGGUUAGGCUCUCAGCACACACUGCUAUUCAGUUCUAUGAUGUUCAAGAUCGUUUAGGCUAUGAUAGACCAAGCAAAGCCGUGGACUGGCUCAUCAAGAAGGCCAAGAAUGCUAUUGACAAGCUUGCUGAGCUUCCUCCAUGGCACCCUAAUCCUAACACUACUGCUGCAGAUGCCGAGAACAACAACAACAACAAUGCAGGGUCAAGUGACAUGGCCAUUGCAGAACAAUCAGAGUCUUCUGGUUACAAUUUUCAGCUGCAAAGGCAAUUAGGUGAGGACCAUGAUAACCACCACCAUUCAGCUUUCAUUCCUUCACCUAUUGACACUGAUGCAAUAGCCUUCUUUCCCACAACCACUGCAACCUCCUCCAUCAAUUUCCAAACCUACCCUCCUGACAUAAUCUCAAGAACCAACAACUCCACUGAGGAUCUUGGCCUUUCCCUUCACUCCUUCCAAGACCCUGGUUUGAUUCAUCAUGGCCAGUCCCAAGCAGGUGCAAAUCAAACACCUUCCAAUGACCAAACCCUCUUCUCUGGCUCAACUCAAGUGGGGUUUGAGGCCAAUUACCCCAGGAUUGUGACUUGGAACAGUGAUGCAAGCACAGAUAUGAACAGAACCGGGUUCAUGGUUAAUUCACCAUCAGCACUUCUAGGCCAAGGUGGUUCUGCUGCGUAUUCCCAAAGGGGGACCCUUCAGUCCAGUUUCUCACCAUCACUUCGUCCUUGGAGUGACAUUCCAAUGGCUUCAUCAGAACAUCAUCACAAGUCACAACAAGCUUCCAUCUUUGGCAGCAGGUUUUUGUCUGAUGCAUUGCCAGGGUUCUGCAUUCCUGCUAGAAUCCAAGGAGAGGAUGAGGGCCAUGGAGUUGGUAACGACAGGCCAUCAUCUGCUUCUCCUAAUUCUCAUCACUGACCACAAACUUGAACUGCACAAUACUGCACUGUUCCUUAUCUAUCAGGACAGGAGCAUUGCCUACCAGACUUUAAAACGUGGGAAGAUUAAGAUGGACACAUUUUGAUGAUCUACACAAUUUUAUCUGGUUGGAUUCAGCUUUUAUAUGGCUUUCUUUCCCCCCUACUUAUUGCAGCCAUUUACAUUGGGGCUUUAUAUAUUUUUUAAGGAAAAGAGAUAUUUAUGUAUUAUGCAUUAUAUUUACCUGAUACUUUGCUCAUUUUAUAUAUGGCUUUAAGCUAGAUUAUUCCGUGGUUGUAUCCCGUAUCGUUUCUUUAAUGUCGAGAAUAGCAUAGUUCAUCCAAUAUCAAGUGAACAGAAGAGGUUUCAUGUCAAUUCUUGGUGAACCCCACUUCAAGAAAAAAUUGAAUCUAGUAUGGUUUUGAUUUAGUUAUUCUCCCCUGUAGUAGAAAGACAUUUUGGUUUUGUAUUUCUGCAUCUGCUUCAAUUUCAAGUAACACCAUCAGGAAGGAACUACAGAUGGCUUGUAAUGUCUCAAAUAAUAGGCAAAGUUGUAAAAUGUGAUCGUGGUUGAGGUUUUGCAAUGUUUGAUAUCUUAGAAAAUUGCAGACAAAUAAGACUAAUACAUUGUAAAUAA